CGGAGAUAUUUAAGAUUUUAAAGCGUCACUCACGAAUAAUGUUUUUUCGUCGGGGCCCUAGUCCAAUCCACGAGUACAUAAAAUUUGCAGAGAGGACAUAGAAAUUAAAUUACAGCAUUAAAAACACCUUUAUUUCUUGAGGACAUCACAUAAAUAGAAUUUAAACAACAUGGUGACUGAAGAAACAGCGGCAAAUAGUGAGGCACAGUCAAAAAAGGCAGCAAAGAAGCAAGCUGCUAAGGCUGAGAAAGCUGCAAAGAAAGCCGAACAUAAGGCAACAGAACAUGGUACAACUGAGAAUCAAGAUGAAGCAUCUGGCGAGGAUUAUUCAAAAGACAAGUACGGACACUGCAAAAUGAUUCAGUCUGCUGAGAAAUUGUCGGAAAGAAACUUCGUUCCAGUACAUCAAUUAGGUGAAUCAUUAGGCACGCAAUCGUCAGUUUGGGUGCGUGGGCGAAUCCACACAUCAAGAUGCAAGGGUAAGCAAUGCUUUAUCGUUUUACGACAGCAAUCGAGUACAGUUCAAGUUCUUAUAUCUGUCAAUGAGAACAUUUCAAAACAAAUGGUAAAAUUCUCUGGAUCAAUUCCUCGUGAAAGUAUCGUUGACAUUCAUGCAAACAUAAUUAAAGUUGAUCAGAAGAUUGAAUCGUGUACUGAAAAGGACUUGGAAUUACAUGCUAUCGAGAUCUAUGUUGUAUCACAAGCUAAAGCUCAAUUGCCUUUACAAAUUGAAGAUGCUGCUCGUCCUGAAAAGAAGGAUGAUCCAGACAGUCUUAAUAUUCGUGUAAAUCAAGAUACUCGUUUAGAUAAUCGUGUCUUGGACCUUCGUACACCAGCAAAUCAAGCCAUUUUCCGCUUAGAAGCAGGAGUUUGCAAAUUAUUCCGUGACAUUUUAGCCAAUAAAGGAUUCGUCGAGAUUCAUACACCUAAAAUCAUUUCUGCGGCUAGUGAGGGCGGUGCUAAUGUUUUUACUGUCAGUUACUUUAAGGAAUCGGCAUAUUUAGCACAAUCCCCUCAAUUAUACAAACAAAUGGCUAUUGCUGCUGAUUUCGAUCGUGUCUUUACUGUUGGAGCUGUUUUCAGAGCUGAAGAUUCAAAUACUCACCGACAUUUGACUGAAUUCGUUGGAUUGGAUUUAGAGAUGGCAUUCAAAUAUCAUUAUCACGAAGUUCUUGAAACUAUCGGAAACACAUUCACUGAAAUGUUUAAAGGAUUGCGUGACAAUUAUGCAAAUGAAAUUACAGCAGUUGGACAACAAUACAAUGUCGAACCAUUCAAGUUUUUGGAACCACCAUUAAGAUUAGAAUUCCAUCAAGCCGUUCAAAUGUUGCGUGAAGCAGGAAUUGAAAUGGAUGAUGAAGAAGAUUUAUCAACACCCAAUGAGAAAUUACUGGGACGUUUAAUUAAAGCUAAAUAUGAUACUGAUUUUUAUAUGCUGGAUAAGUUUCCACUUGCAAUUAGACCAUUCUACACAAUGCCUGAUCCCAACAAUCCUAAAUAUUCCAAUUCUUAUGACAUGUUCAUGCGCGGAGAAGAAAUUUUAUCUGGAGCACAACGUAUCCACGAUCCUGAAUAUUUGGUAGAACGUGCCAAACAUCAUGCAAUUGACAUAUCAAAGAUCGCGGCAUACAUUGAAGCUUUCCGUUUUGGAUGUCCUCCACAUGCUGGUGGUGGUAUUGGAAUGGAGCGUGUUGUCAUGCUGUAUCUUGGAUUGGAUAAUAUCAGAAAGACGUCAAUGUUCCCUCGCGAUCCAAAGCGAUUAACCCCGUAAAGGGACAGACAAAGAAAAUAAAAAUCAAUAUAGACCUUGAUGCUUAUACUUAAAUAUUUGAUUUUUUGAUUAAAUUUUUCAAUAAAAUAUCCUAC